AAAGAAGAAAAACACGAGUUUGCGUGAGAAUUGCACAAGUUUUGUCAACUCGGCCGGCAUCUAUUCGUGUAGUACAAGACCAUUGAUCAAUAUAAUUAAAAACGUGUUUGUGUGAAAUCUUGUGAAAUUCUUGAAGAAAUUUUUCCAAUAUGACGGUUUCGCGGGAAAAGGCAUCUUUAGCUGUGGUGCCUCCCAGCGAUAGUGAACAAAUCGAAUGGUCGGCCGAAGAAGAAAUCCAAUUGUUUUUUGCAUUGGAAGGUUUGAAGCCAGUCGGUAUAAAUAAGCAUUUCUAUAUGGCUUGUAUUGCUGAUCGCUUGUCGAAAAAUUUACAACGUGAUGUACCAGCCGAAGCAAUAUGGGCACACUUACGUACUAUGUACAAUUUGGAUGUAUUAGAUGAAUUGGAACCGCUGCCAUUUCCCAAUGAAGAAAGGGAAUUUUCACUGCCGGAGACCGAGUUCUCAGCAUUGCUGUCAAAAAAACGUGCUGAGAGCGAAGAGAAACAACGGCUUAGUAGUGUGGAUUCUAGUGGUGGUCCGCCCUCUAUUAUUGCUGUUGCUACUGAUAAUACAACAAAGAGCGCUAGUUCAGAUAAAACUUCAGCACACAAAGCUAAUGCCAGUAGUCACAAUACAAAGGAGAUGGACAAAAAGAUUACAGCAAAGCUGACUGAUAUGCCGAAACGUGCACCAAAACGUACGCGUGGUUCACUGUCUUUAGAAUCUAAUAGUAGUCCAUCCACAACACCACCGCCAGUGCAAAGCAAUAAGAGGCGGCGCAUAUAAAUACCAAAAAAUUUAGUAUUUAAGCCUACCAAUCAAAUAUUGUGUUAGAAUACAAAUAAUAAUAAUUAGAAUAGUGCUGGAGCAACGUCAAAUGUA